UAUGCACUUAGUUAGCAUUGCAAUCUCACAUAAUUGAAAUUCGUCGUGUUGUCGAUUGAUUAUCUGUUUCGGUACUCAUCGCAGAUUGAGUUUUUUCCUUAUUUACUCGUUUAAUUUAUUUUGUUGUUAUAUUUCGGGCAAAACAAGUUAAUUUUAGAAGAUUUAACACAAUAUUUACCAUUGUCAUCAGACUCGAUCAUACAUUUUGCGUGCGUGGUUAGAAGAUCAACUUCGUUUCAUUCCCCAGCACUAAGUAUUGCAGGGUUUAACCGCAGUCAUGUGGAACAUUUCACGUUGGCUCAUUUCGCUCUUCUUUCUUCAUGCCAGCGACGCGGCGAAUGUCCUGGUCAUCAUUUUAAUGCCCUCCAUCAGUCAUCAGAUCCCGGCUCUUUCUCUCAGCGCAGAGCUUUUGCGGCGCGGACACCACGUCACCUACAUCGGGACUAACAUCAUUCCUGAGUUGGAACAUUCGAGAAACUGCACGUUUGUGAAUUUAUCCUUCGCGUAUAAGCGGAUGACUAAAGCCGGAACCUCCAACUCCACAAUCAAUUUCCAACAAAAGCUCGGCCGAUGGGCAUGGCCAGACAUGUAUCGCAACUCGUUCAAUCUCGCCAGGGAGGAAAUUCAAAGCGAUGCGUUCCGGACAAUACUGAGAGAGACGGAAGCAGGUCAAAGGGCAUACGACUCCAUCAUAAUAGAGGGCAAGUACUCGCUAAUUUUGGUGCCUCUACUACGCAAGACUUGUGGCAGCAUACCCAUCAUCGCCUUUUGUUCCCUGUCGACGGACUAUGUCAUCGAGAAAGCGCUGGGCAGUAUUCCGCACUUGUCCUUCAUGCCUAUGGUAUUUAACGGGUAUACGGACCGCAUGAGCUUAUGGGAGCGAAUAGACAAUUGGUUCAGCACCCUCUGGCUCUGGAACUCAUUGCAAAGCAAGACCUUUAUUGUCGCGAAAGAGAUUCUUGCCGAAAACGGGGUUCAUAAGGUCAGCAUGGACGAGGUAUAUCGAAAUAUCAGCUUAUUCAUGAUUGCGUCGAAUCACAUGUACUUUUACCCACGGAUGCUUGCACCUAACGUCGUUACGGUCGGACCGCUUCAUAUCCGGGAUAAAGCGAAUGUUACCCUCACCAAGGACGUGGAAUCCUGGCUGGACGGCGCUGAGGCUGGGGUUGUUUACGUAAGUUUCGGGAGCAACAUGAAGAGUGUCUCACUACCGGAAGAGAGUUUGAUGGGUUUAGUAGAGGCUUUGAGUCAACUGGCGCCCGACUAUCGUGUCCUUUGGAAGUGGGAGUCGGACGAGCCCCUGCCUGGGUGCGCGGGGAACAUUCUGACCAAGGGAUGGUUUCCCCAACAGAAGGUUCUAGCUCAUCCAAAAGUCAGGCUUUUCAUCACCCAAGGAGGCUUGCAAAGUUUCCAGGAGGCGGUUCAUUAUGGAGUUCCUCUCUUAGGUGUUCCUUUUUUCGGAGACCAAAAUUUGAACACAGGAAAAAUGUCAGCGGCUGGCAUAGGAUUGAAGCUUGAUCCUGACCAUCUUAGAAAUGCGCGAAUGAUACAGGAAGCUUUGAAUCAACUUUUACUUGAUACAAAGUAUGCAGCCAGAAUGACGAAAUAUUCAGAAAUAUCGAGAGAAUUCACGGAGAGAGGAAUGGCACAUGCUGUCAUGAUGGUGGAACACAUUACUAAAUUUGGCGGAGACCAUUUAAGACCAAUCACAGCUGAAGUCUCGUACCCUGAAUUCUUUUGCUUGGAUAUUUUGUGCUUUGCUAUUCCAGUCAUAAUCUCUCUGCUGUGUGUUCUCAUACAAAUGAUCAAGCGUAUUAAUGCUUAUUCCAUUGCUAUGGGUCCACACUCCGCUUUAAAAAGAAAUACAAGGAAUGGUGUAUAUCCCCAAAAAUUGAAGGGUACUAAUAAAAAAUUGAAUUAAAA